GAAAGAUGCUUUUAUGAGUCUCUACACAUUGACACACUUCAUACCACGUUUCAUUGAGUCAGUGCGGACCACGGAACUGCCUUGAAACAAACGAGCCCUGUCUCAAAGAUCUGACGUGCUCUAUAAAGUGUCAUCUUCACAAACAGUACAGCAAAACAAAGCGUUUUGCUUUAUUGGACAAGAGGUAGCAAUGUCAGGGUUGAAGAAACGGAGUUCAAAUGCAUCCGCGGACCGGGAUGAAGACGACAAGCAGGUGAUGGAGAAGAUGCUCUCCAGCAGAGGUGGAAAUGGCAACAUGAGCCGACCAGGAGACGGCACACCCGGAAGCCCAACCGCUGACAUAAAUCCUGCGGAUGGAGAAGAGACAGUCGUGCUGAAAAGAACUAUUACUCUAGUAAACGGCGUGGCCAUCAUUGUAGGCACCAUUAUCGGCUCUGGCAUCUUCGUAACCCCAACCGGAGUGGUGAAGGAAGCCGGUUCGGUCGGGCUGUCGCUGGUCGUGUGGGCUGUAUGCGGCGUCUUCUCCACUAUAGGCGCCCUGUGCUACGCCGAACUGGGGACCACCAUCACCAAGUCGGGGGGUGACUAUGCCUACAUCCUUGAGGUUUAUGGUCCCCUACCUGCGUUUCUGAAGCUGUGGAUCGAACUUCUCAUCAUCAGGCCGUCGUCGCAGUAUAUAGUCGCGUAUGUUUUCGCUACCUACCUCCUGAAGCCCAUCUUUCCCGACUGCCCGGUCCCUGAAACAGGAGCUAAACUGAUCGCCUGCCUCUGCAUCCUGUUGCUGACUGCUGUCAACUGUUACAGUGUGAAGGCCGCCACGAGGGUCCAAGAUGCCUUUGCUGCUGCUAAGCUACUGGCCCUGGGCCUCAUCAUCAUUACUGGCUUUGUGGAGAUCGGCAAAGGUGAUACUAUUGAUCUCCUGCCUGCCAAUUCAUUUAAAGGAAGCAAUACAGACUUUGGGAACAUCGGAUUGGCUCUUUACAGUGGGCUGUUUGCCUAUGGGGGAUGGAAUUAUUUGAAUUUUGUCACAGAAGAGAUGAUCGAACCAUACAAAAAUCUGCCUCGGGCCAUCAUUAUCUCUCUCCCCAUCGUCACUGUUGUCUAUGUGCUGACCAACCUGGCGUACUUCACCACCCUCUCUCCACAGGACAUGCUUACAUCUGAGGCUGUUGCUGUGGACUUUGGAAACUACCACCUUGGCCCAAUGGCUUGGAUAAUCCCUGUCUUUGUGGGGUUGUCCUGCUUUGGCUCUGUGAAUGGCUCCCUGUUUACCUCAUCCAGGUUGUUCUUCGUGGGGUCCAGAGAAGGUCAUCUUCCCAGUUUGUUGUCGAUGAUCCACCCUGACCUUCUGACCCCUCUGCCUUCUCUUAUAUUUACUUGCAUCAUGACACUCCUCUACGCAUUCUCCAAUGACAUAUUCUCAGUCAUCAAUUUCUUCAGCUUCUUUAAUUGGCUCUGCAUCGCCAUGGCGAUUCUCGGCAUGAUGUGGUUACGCUAUAAGAAACCUGAGCUGGAACGGCCAAUCAAGGUGAAUAUCCUGCUGCCCAUUUCGUUUGUAUUGGCCUGCUUGUUCCUUAUCGUGGUUUCUAUCUGGAAAACCCCCGUUGAGUGUGCCAUUGGAUUUGGAAUCAUUGCCACAGGAGUUCCUGUGUACUUCUUUGGCGUUUGGUGGCAGACCAAGCCAAAAUGGCUGUUGCAGAUCAUUUUCUCCUCCACGGCGAUGUGCCAGAAGAUAAUGGAAGUGGUACCUCAGGAGUCCUAAAGACCAAAUGCCCCCUCCGCGCACAAACUCAAAUCUCCUCCCAUCCACCCUUACUGCAUUCCUCAACUGCCUCACCUCUUUAUGUGUGAGCCAGAUGAAAGUCUUAUCCUGCUGAUGAUGAUGAUGAUGGCAAAAUCUGUAUUAACAGUGAGAUAUGAGACCAGACAAAAUAUAGGCGUCAGGACCUAAGAGGUCAUCGAUUUGGGAUAUAGAUUUUGUCAGUCUAUCCCUCAACCAAAUGUAUUAUACUGUAAACAUUUAUUUGUUUGAGUAAUAUUGUAUGUUUUCAAUCAGGAUUUUCUGAUUCUAUUUUAUUUGAUAUAUUUUUUGACCAUUUAAGAUUUAUGUGUCAUAUCACCACUGCAGCAUCGUUAUUGAAGUCUGCGAGUGGUUUUCUUGGUCAUCCCUUUAUUUGGUGCCUCGUUUUGCCCUGCUUUCAAAUGUGCAUGUGUUGGUGUGAUUGAUACAGUAGCUUCCUGUAUUUUGCUUUCAGCUUUUGUUUUUUCAAAAUGUAUGUGAGGAAGAACACAUACCAAGCUGAAAGCAUCUCGCUCUUUGGAGGCGCCGUUGUCUCAAGGCUGUUGACGGCUAAAAUUAAGAUCUUCUCUUGAAAGAAUUGUAAACAAAUUCUUAACUUGGAUCAUGACAUAAUUUCAUCGACGAACAUGCACCGUUUACCAUUGGCUCUUCUACAGCAGAUAUGAACGGUUUACUGUGCCUUUUCUGUCUGUGUAGAAAUGUAUUUUUUUUACGAUCUUGUUGAUAUGACUUUAUAUUUCAACAGAUUUAUUUUUGAUAGGUUAUUGCAGUUUUUUUACACCAUUAGCAAGAAUUCCAAGGAAUUUCUCACUUUUUUUGUCAUAGCCAUCAUGAAUUCCUUCUUUUUCCUCUUUUUAAUAUUAUUUUUAUUACUACUGUUAUUAUAGUGAAAGGCAAAGAGUAUUCAAAAGUUCAUCGGAAUACCAAUCAUGCCCAUUAGCAAAAGCCUUGCUGCAUUAUCUUACCUCAGAAAACACUGUUGUUACACUCCUAGACCUGAUUUUAUAUUUUGUAUGCCUAACUAUGAUUUUAAGGAGCAAUUGGAUGCUGUUGUUUUUCAAUACAAAUAUACAUGUAGAUAAAUAUACGUGAAGUACUUUUUAGCACUGGAUUCUGGGACACUAUCCGACAAUGAAUUUCCUCCGAUUUUAUUUAAUUCACUCAUUUUUGCCAAUUCUUUUUUUUUAUAUACAAAGCACAGUCAGUCGCUUGCACAUUAUGGACCUUUUGUUUGUUGUUGCAUAUUGCCCGCCAGUUACACCAGGAAGUUACAGCAUGUUUAUAAUGCACCUUCACAGGUAUAGUUUAAUUUAUCCUAACAAAACGUUGAGGUAUUCGUGCCUCAUCAGUUUGCGGACUGGAAAAAAAAAAAACUGAAUAAUUUGUGUGCAUGACUGUGUUUUGGAUUUGGAUGGCUGCUCUUGCGAGAUGAAUGCAGUAUUUUUUAAUUAAUGGUUGAAAGGAUGUUUGUUCCUGUACUAAUCAAAAUAUAUGUGUAAAAUGUUUUGUUUUUGACGGGGAAGUCUGGGUGUUACAGGGACGUUUGAGGCGUUUGAAGUUGUGGCUAUGAAGGCAAUGUUCUUGUAAGACAAAACGGAAGUCGUGGGACACAAGGAACUUGAAAUAACAUCUUCGGUUAUUAUGGUUAUGAUUACAGAAACAAUUUCAAGGUUUCUACAUGGAAGGAAUCAAAAAGACCUUACUUUUAUUAUUGCUCUUAUGUUUUUAGUGGGUGUUUGGAUAAUGAAAUUUGUAUUUGUACUAAAGCAGUAUAACUAACACUCCAGCCAACAAAGACCAUCUUAUCUCAUUUAAAUAGUUAUGUAGAAAUGUACUUAUACGUUUUUUAUUUAUUUCUAGAGUCAGACAGUACUCUAAUUAAUUAAAAUAAACAAAUAAAUAAAAUGGUUACUGAUAUUUUUCUUUACUCUCCUUAAUGUGUUUUUAUUUGUAUAUUUUUUCAUGUUUGUUUUCCCUGAAAUCUUUAUUUUUAACUGUAAAAGUAUUUUGUAUGUGAUGGCUUGGCUUAGUUUCCGUUGAUGCACAUUAAUAGUUAAUCAAAUUAACUGCUGAUGAGUCUGCCCUGCACUGACUCUGACCCUGUAUGAAUCCAGAUGACAUCACAGUGACUGCUAGACAAUUAUCACUAAAAUCUUUUUGAUAUUUCUGGGAAAACUGAUGCAUGAUAGUUGAUCACCACAAAUCUGACAUUUCAAAGGUUAUUUUUGGAUUCACUUUUAAUAAAAAGGAGGGAAAAAAAAAAUAUUCCUUAAAUAUACAGUAUGACUGAUUCUUUUGUGUAAAUUUAUGAUGUGAUAUUUACAGUUAGUAAAAGUAAAAUGAAAAUAUGUUCACAUUUCUUUCAGCAUUCCAUCUGUUUAUACACUCCAGUACAGCAACAUCAUUUUUUUUUUACUAGAACGGUUUCACAACAUUCUCUGUUACGUGCACAUAGUAUUGGCAAGCAUGCAUUACCCUCUGCUGAAGGCAGUCUCAGAAGAAACCUUUCAUGCGUGAUCACUAGAUGCUAAGUUCACUGCAAAACAGUCAUUGUAGUAACUGGACUUAGUUGUAUACUGUUUUCAACAGUCUGUCCUGUCUCUGUGAGGUUUUAGUAAUAAAAUAAAUCAA